AUGUCUUCACCCAAUCCUUCUACCGAAUCUCACCGAGAUUCCGUCUCACACACUGUCGAAAUGACAAACGCGACUAGUCCGGGGAGUCAACUCAGCGAACUACUUGAUACGCUGGAACAUACCUACGGUACACCUUCAUCCACCUACAGGGAUGGUGGCGAGCCCGAGGAUUCGACUGCAGCUUCUUUGCGUCGAACUUCUGGAAUGGGUACCAGCGAUCCCAUUCACUCAUUUGCCGAUGUUCAUCUCGUCCAGGCACCGAUGACACUGAAGGAUGCCAAAGCUCUAUUGAGCCAGGGCAAUCCUUUGGAGCACUACAAGUUCCGUAGUUACGCUACUCGGGCUCGGGUCGACUACUUGUACGUCGUCAUCCGAAACCUUCCUGACGGAACCGCCGAGAGGUUCAUCGGUCCAGAGCAAAAGCCUCAAAUUCUCAGAGAGAUCUGUGACAAAAGCAGACGCAUGGUACACAUCUACACUGCCAAGGAGAUCGCUCUUUACACUUGCCUCUACCACAAGAUGGUAGAGAUGGAGCAAGAAAGAAGCAUAUGGCCGCUAGUCGAGGGCUGGGCGGGGCACCAAAAGAGGCAAGAAGCGCAAGAAGUACAACUGGAUGACGAUAGCGCUCACGAGUCCUCAGACGGAGAAGACGACAAUAUCCGUGUCGCAAAGUCCCGCGGGAGCAGAGCCAACCUGGAACAGUUUCAGGAGAUCGGAAGGAGGAGGUAGACGCAGUGAGAGCCUUUUUCUUUGUUGGCAGCGUGGCUAGAUAGUUCGCUGUAGUGAUUCAAUAA